UUUUUUUUUGUUUUUGUUUUUUUUGAUCAUUUGAUAUGUUGUUUAUCCAUCGGAUUGAACUUCUCUGUGUUUACUUUUUUUGUUCUUUUGUCCAUUUGGAGGUCAGAUAUAGCAAGAUUGGCUCAGAAUGUGAAAGUGCGACAAAGGGUCGUUGCAACUGCCAUUACAUAUAUGAGACGCGUUUAUGCCAGGAGAAGUAUGACCCAAUAUGAUCCUCGUCUCGUUGCUCCAACAUGCUUGUACUUGGCAUCAAAAGCUGAAGAAAGCACGGUCCAGGCCAGACUUCUUGUAUUUUAUAUCAAGAAAUUAUAUUCAGAUGAGAAGUAUAGAUAUGAAAUAAAAGAGAUACUUGAGAUGGAAAUGAAAAUUUUGGAAGCCCUCGACUAUUAUUUGGUUGUAUUCCAUCCUUAUCGGGCUCUAACUCAGUUGCUUCAGGAUGCUGGCAUGAGUGACGCAGCACAAAUGACGUGGGGACUUGUUAAUGACACAUACAAAAUGGAUUUGAUUCUUAUACAUCCUCCGCACUUGAUUGCAUUAGCAUGCAUAUAUAUAGCAAGUGUCCAAAAGGAUAAAGAAAACACGGCCUGGUUUGAAGAGCUUCGGGUUGAUAUGAAUGUGGUAAAAAACAUUGCAAUGGAGAUAUUAGAUUUCUACGACAGCCACAAGCAAAUAGCAGACGAAAAACUUAAUGCGGCCAUGAACAAGUUACCCAGAUGAUUAAGAGAGGGAAAAAAAAAGUUAGCGAGAUUAUAUUACCCACCCAUCUGUUUAUCUGCAAAUUUUGAGUUUUCCGACUUGCAAUAUACUUCGGGGGUAAAAUAAAGACGUUGGGACAAGAAUUUUCAUUUUUGUUAGAUCGAACAAUGUAAGGAUGUUUUAGGUUUUCUGUCAUUGUGUUGUUUAUUUUGGCUUUGCACUUUGAACGUGUUUUCUAACUGGCUAUACUUUGUAAAUAAGUUCCAUGUUCUUACCUGGCUGUAAAUUUUGAUGAGUUUACCUUGGAUGAGAAUUUUUGGGAGAUUUGGUAUGUUAUAACUUAAUAAGAUCAAGACCUUCAGUAUUUCAUACGAA